AAGUGUCAUUUUCUCACAUAUACUUCACACAAAAGAUACAACCAUUCACUUCAUACCUUGUCAUUUCUUCUCCUUCCUCUCUCUCAGUCUCUAACUCUCUGCAACCACUACCCCCAUCAAAAUUGAUCAAACCCAUCUCAAGAAAACCCCCAGAAAUCUCUCCUCAAAAAUACCCAAAACCCUUUUUGCUGCAUAGAUCAUGAUAUCCAUUAAUCCUUCAUAGCCAGCUGCGUAGUUAUUGUAUAAUAACACCACAAGAAGAAGAGGAGGGAAGAAGAAGAAGAAGCAGUACAAGAGAAAGGAGGAGAAGGAGGAAAAGAGAGGAAGAGAGAAGGGUUUUUAAUUUUUGUUUUGUUGGGUUUGUUUCUGAGGAUGGAGCUAUUUCCAGCACAACCAGACUUAUCCUUACAAAUCAGCCCACCAAACAGCAAACCGGCGUCAACAUGGAGGAGACCAGGAACAGAAGAGGACAUAAAUUUGGGGUUCUGGAAGAGAACUUUGGACUCAAGGAACUCCAUGUCUUCAACGGCAAAACCUGAUACCUGUUUUGAUCUUUCCUUAUCCGAUCAGAGGGUUUCAGAGUCUAACUCAAACCAACUUCACCGCCUCCAAAAUGGUAACCCCAACUGCAAUGCUAACCUCUUUCAUUCCUAUCAUCAAAACCACUAUAGUACUCUCCACCAACACCACCCGGUACUGUAUCAACAUCAACAAGGGUCAUUAGGACAAGACCACGGUUUCCUAAGACCCAUAAAAGGAAUUCCUGUUUACCAAAACCCUCCUCCUCCCACCGUGCAUGCUUUCCCGUUUGCCCCGCAGCGUUUGGAUUCUCCUUCUUCUUUGGGAACUAUUAAUAACAACAACACAAGCAGCAACUUGAGCCCUUUCCAGAUAAGAUCGAGAUUUAUGUCGAGAUUUCCAGCUAAACGAAGCAUGAGAGCUCCAAGGAUGCGGUGGACUACUACACUUCACUCUCGCUUUGUUCAUGCUGUCGAGUUAUUGGGUGGCCAUGAAAGAGCUACACCUAAGUCGGUUCUUGAGCUAAUGGAUGUCAAAGAUCUUACCUUGGCACAUGUUAAAUCUCAUUUACAGAUGUAUAGAACAGUGAAGACUACAGACAGAGCUGCAGCUUCUUCAGGACAAUCAGAUGCUUUUGAGAAUGGAUCAUCAGGAGAUACUUCUGAAGACCUGAUGUUUGACAUUCACAACCCAAGGAGGGCUGAGCUAUCCUCAGUCCAACAGGGAAGAUCAAAUGUUCACCAUCGAGACAAGGAUCAGUACCAUGGCCUCUGGAGCAAUUCUUCAAGCAGGGAAGCUUGGAUGCAUGGGAAAUCAAAGGAUUCAGGUGGAAGCUUGCCAUCUCUUGAGAAGGAAAUGGAUCCAAAGUGCUUGAGCUAUGAUAGAAUAUCAGAUGUGAGCUCUUCAAACCUUUCAGUGGCAAGCCCUAAGAAAUCUAAUUUGGAUUUGGAGUUCACCUUGGGGAGGUCACUUUGAUAUCUCUAUAUAUGCAUGUGUGAGUACUACUCAUUUUGAAAUGAUUAUAUGUGUCUGAAGGGUGAAGGGAGAACCAGGUACCUUUCAGAGGGAAAAAAAAAAUAGAGAAAAAGAAAAAGGAAAGAAAAGAGAAGAAAAGAAAAAGAGAGCUAAAGAAAGACAAGGAGACAAGAAAGAAAGCAACAAAAGGAGAAGGGUGGAAAAGCAUGUCUUUCUUAUGAAGCUGUGAAAUGAGAUCCAAAUCGACCUAUUAUAAUAUUAUUCCUAUGAAAUUAUGAAAUCUAAUUGAUUUUUUUUUAUUUGGGUUUUAGAGAGAGAGAGAGAGAGUGUGUGUGUGACCUUUAAGCUUUAACUAUCUCAAAGUAUUGAUCCUUGGUAAUUGUAAUGGAGCCACUUUACAAUUACUAUAAACUAUUUUUGUAGUUUUGCCGAAGGAGAUUUUGAGGUUAUAUAUCUUUUCUUUAAUUCCAGGACAACCUCACUCACAU